CACUCCUCCCCCUAGCUCUUAAAAACAUAUUUCCUGGUAAGACGAGCCAGCACUUCGUAGCUUUUCUUGACUUCGGCUGUGUUCUCCUUUUUUUAAAAAAUUAAAUCUGUCAAGUUCUUCCGUAGGGGUUUGAAGGCAGUCGGGGAAAGCAACCACAUGGAAGCAUCAAACAACAUGAAUCUGGCUAUUGUGGUUCAUGGUGGAGCUGGUAAAAUUUUAAAGGAGAGGGAAGAAGGAAGUCGAUCAGGUGUCAAAAGAGCAGCACUGAAAGGUUACAGUAUCCUUAAACAAGGAGGGAGUGCCUUAGAUGCUGUUGAAGAAGCUGUGAGGAUAAUGGAAAAUGAUCCACAUUUUAAUGCAGGCCAUGGCUCUGUGUUAAAUGAGACGGGUGAAGUGGAAAUGGAUGCCAUUAUCAUGGAUGGGAAAAAUCUAGCCUCAGGAGCUGUAUCUGCUGUGAAAUGUAUAGCUAACCCAAUAAAGCUUGCACGUCUUGUCAUGGAAAAGACAGACCAUAUGUUGCUUACGGACCAGGGGGCCUUUGCCUUUGCUAGGGCCAUGGGUGUUCCUGAGGUUCCUGGAGAGUCAUUAAUCACAGAAAGGUCACGAGAAAGGUGGAGGAAAAACCUUGAGACCAGUUCAAGCCCCCCAGAGCUGCAAAAAGACCUUGGAACAGUUGGAGCCGUUGCUAUCGACAGUGCAGGAAAUGUAGCUUGCGCAACAUCAACAGGGGGACUUACUAACAAGCGAGUUGGCCGUGUUGGUGAUACAGCAUGCAUCGGAAGUGGUGGUUAUGCAGAUAAUAAUGUUGGUGCUACCUCUACCACAGGCCAUGGAGAGAGCAUUAUGAAAGUAGUUCUUGCAAGACUUAGCCUGUAUUACAUGGAACAAGGGAAGCCUCCAGAAGAAGCUGCCGAUGCUGCCCUAAAUAUCAUGAAAACCAGAGUUGGGGGAUUGGGUGGGGUCAUUGUAAUCAGCAAUUCAGGAGACUGGGCUGCGAGGUUCUCCACUGAGAACAUGUCCUGGGCUGCAGUAAAGGAUGACCAGCUGCUGUGUGGCAUUUCUGCUGGUGAAAGAUAUACACAAUCUGUUGAAGAAGCCCUUAGCUCCAUCGAACUCUAAAAAAGCAGGGAACCAGGUGGACGUUGUGGCAGAAGGAAAAUUAUAGACGUUUGUUGGGAACUCGUGCUGCUGUACCCUUGAAGAUGAGGGAUGCUAUCUUUUCCCAGAUUCAUAAGGGCACAUUCCUGCAUGAUUAAAUUAUCCUGGAGUCCAGUAUCCACAUAGAAUUAGCCUGAUGCCCUGGGCAGAUUUUUAUCACAGUUUUGUUUCUGGUUCCUGCCUGUAUUCCAGUUGUCUCAUGAUCUAUUACAUGUUUCCUGAUUUUAUGCCUCAAAUCAAGCAGAAACUAGCUCUGAAACCUUUAAUUUCAGACAUGUGCUUGCUGACUUCUCAGUUUAUCAUAUUUUUGCAUUGAAGUGAAAGAGCAUGUGGUGAACAGGAUAUUCUUAUCAUCCAGAAGGCCACUAAAGUGAAUACAUUGGUAAUACUAAUAGGGGAAAUUAUGUGUACUUCAGUGUGCACAUGAUUGGACUGUGUUCUCAUGUAACUUAAGAAAUGAUAUGUAGAAUGUGCAACAAUGUGGAAAAAUGACUCUGAGUAUUUUGCUGAAGAUGGGAAGACGAAAUCACAGUUCGAAAGGAAUGUUUAGUCUGUAGUCUUGUAACUACUUAGUUGAGAAUAAAGCCAGUGGUGCUGCCAAGAUUAUUUAAACAACACUGGCUGGGUUCACAUGACAUGACAACCCUGCGUAGCUGAUAAGCCACAGGGGUUGUCAUGCUGUGUGCACCCAGAUUGUUUCACACAGGGUGGCUUGUUUGUGGGCAAUAACCCUGUUUUGGCAACUCAUGGCUUAUUUUAGGGGGUGUUAUACUCACAGUGAUCUGUAAAAUCAUUUGAACAUGGGUGAUUGACACCAUUAUAGGUACUGAGAAGCGGCUAAUGAGCUUGGGAAGAGGGACAAAAACCCUUGCUAAGCUUCUCCCAGGCUCCUGCCAGGAGCAGCUGCCCCACAGGCGCCCAGUGAGCACUUUGGGGUCACUGGCACUGGCUGGGUGCCCCCCACCAAAAUUGUGAGGUGUUUUUGGCUUGUAGUGACUGUUUCACCAUUCACCCUUUUUUCAGAGAUCACGACCUCAAAUUUGACAGAUGGCUUUUGUGAUCUCCAUUUUGAUAGCCGUUGGCAGCCCCUUCAAAGGGCCUCAGCAGAACCUUGGAGGAACUCUCUGUGGUGGUAAACUAAUUUUACCAUUAUUUUUCACCCCCCACACACCUGUGUGUAUUAACUCUUUCACAAGUGCCCACCUCACGAAAAUGGGCACCCUUGCUUGAGCAAUGACCAGGGAGGUACCUGCUGCCAAAGUGCAGGAGCCAACCCUGGAUGUUGAGUCAGAUACAGCCCAAAUAGCUUUCCCCCACCUUUUUGACUUUGCUUAACAACUAUCAAAAGACAAGACAAGACAAAGGUUUGAGCGAUCUUUGCAUGCACAAAGGGGGUGGUGAGAUUUAUACUCCCUUUAUAACAAGGUCUUUUGUUCUUUUACGACUUCACUUUUGCAAGGGUACUCUCACUUGUUCCCAAGAAUUUAGCUGCUCAGGAACAUGGAAAAGUGCAAGCCACCCUGUUUUAAAAGGACUUGGAGUUUUGAGAGUUAGCUGCCAAAACUCCCCUUCCUUUUAAAAUGCAUCCCUGCAUAUGUCCCUGUGAAGAAACUUUUAAAAGGAGCCAGAGUUCUGAUAGUUUCUUUUUAAAGUGGCUUGUGCUUUUCCAUGUUCCCAAGCACUCAAGAACAAGUGGAAAAGUGAUAACACCCUUAAGAGAGUGGAGUUCAAAAAGGAGGAGGAGGAUCAUGCUGCAAAGGGGGUGUAAAUCCCACCCAGUGUGGUUUAAAUGAUCAAAGGUCACUUUCACCUUUGAAUUGACUUGACAGCUUGUGUGUUCUGACAAGUAGAGAGAAAAGACUAUUGGGAACAGGUGCCUCCCUGGACGUUCUGUGGGUGAGGCUGCCCAUUUUCAGAUCUCAGUAAGUGUGCAAGUGCCCCUGGACAGUUGCAACCCUUGAUUACUUCCAAAUGAAUAUUCACAAAAAUGAGGACUUCAUCUUGUUACUAGAACUUUAGAGAAUUUGAUUGCAAAAGUUCUUAAUUUACAGUGGGGAAGAACCAGAGUUCUCUUGUUUAUUGAAAGACACAAUAGAGCUCAAAAGUUUUUAUUUUAAUGUAACAGCUUUUAGAAAUGAUUUCCUUUGAUUUGGAUAAAGGAAUUAAAUACUAUAGAAAGCAGAAUCAUGUGGCAAAACAAUCCAGAUAUUAUUGCUUUAUAAACCAAUAGCUGUCUUACUGAAAUAGUUAUUAAUUGUGCAAAUAAGCUUCCAUAUAUAAAAUUACAAUAAUGUUUUAUGGUGAGACAUUUUGGACAUUUAGCAUUCCAAUAGGAAUUUACAGAGUGAAAUGUAUUGAAUAUUUGCAAUCAAGUAAGUAAAAACAAACAAGCAAACUGCUUUUCCUUUUAUACUUUUCACACUAUUAUAAUUCACCAGUUUAUGUCCUAUUUAGAUAUUUAGCCUCAUGGUACCUUCUCUGCUUUUGAACUAGUCAGUAGUAUGCUAAUAUUCAUCAUAUUCCUUAUGAAAAUAACUGCAAUACAUUUUAAAGUAUACUACUCAUUUAUGGCUCAGCUGUACUGUUAGAAAAAUCAAGUUUUCUUAGCAUAUAGAAAUCACUUUUCUUGUAGAAAACAGGAGUAAAUUCAAGUUUAUUGUUCAUAUGACAUACUUUGAUAGUAGUAAAAAUCAUAUUAAAACAGUAUGUAAAGCUUUGCAUUAUUCAGGCUAAGCGAUAUCUUUAUAGGACUUUCGUUUUCAGAUUUCCAGGAUGAAUGAAAUAUUAUCUACCAAAGCCUUCCCCUCACCCCUUGAAAGACAUAAAAAUGACCCUUCUAAAAUUAGAGGAAGAAUUUUAGUUGUUGAACCAGUGACAUGAGCCACAAAACUAUAUUUCUAGAAAAUAACGGUACAACACUGUAUUGCAGUCAUAUGUCUUUUUAGUUAUGUCCUUCUGAUUUCUUCAAUUAUUCAUACUAGCAUGUUAUGAGCCAUAGUUCUAAUUGCAUGUAGCAAUGCUAAUAUGUUACAAGCUGGAGGGACACUGUUAAGCUGCCCCAUAAUAAACAUCAGUUUUGUUUCUGUGC